AAAAAAAAAGGCAUCAGGGAACGGAAGUAAGCCUAGUUUGACAUUCCUGGAGGAGCUCUGUAGUCAUACUGAUAACGUGAGUUAUACGCGCACCUCGCAGCUUUUAAAAUGUCACCACACCAAGUUAUUAUGACGACCAUGUGCCUACUGUUAACUGAUAGUUUCAUCCACUUAGCUUGUGUUUGCCUCAGAAGGUUGGGAACAGAUAGAUAAUAGCUACAAAAGGGAAGCUUUAAAUUAGGAACAUUAACAAUUUAUCCAGCCAUCUGAAUUAUUGGAAUUUCAUUCAGUAACUGACCAGUUAUGACUUGUACAUGGUCAUAUGCGUCAAAUCAUACAAUGGAUGGCGUGUUUUACGUUUGUUGUGCUUGGCAUAUAUGGCAGAUUUUGCUUUCCUUUUUUUUUACAGUCGUCGAUUGCAAUAGCUGGUAUGUAUGUUAAUGUUUCUACAUGUAUGCGCACAAAUACCAGUAGCCGUUUGGUUUGGAAUACAAUUGAAGCUUCUUGUCGUGAAUAGGUCAUGAUUCGAUUCCUGUUUUCUGGCGGAACGAGGUAAAUUGAGUAUUCAUAUCGAAGAUUUAAAGCACGCUUAAGGAGUUUUCAUAAGUCUAUUUGCUAUUAAAAUAGGAACUAUAGAAGCCCAACGCACGCAAAUCAAGGCAAAAAUCAUAAGAUAGCGCAUGUAGGCGCCAUGAUGGCGGCCACGUUAAACUGUGUUCCGUUUUAUUUAGUAUUUCUGCUGUUCUUCGCUGGUAUCUCUGAUUUUAAGGACAAUAAUCCCUUUUCUACCAACAUUAAGUUUGUGUCAAGACAGUUACAACAUCCUGGCUUGCGGCAUUUUGACUAUUUCGCUCGGAUUGUUCAACAAGCAAUCUCGUCAACAAAGAAGGUACAACGCCGGCCGAUUUCUGUAUGGUGUAGGCAUGGUCACUUUUGUCUUUUAAUCCGAAAGAAGAACAUCACUGUCAAUAUGGAUGUCGAGAAAAACCCUGGUCCUGCUAUUGUUCUAAACUCCAGCCUCUCAAGUCUGGUGGAUAGUCGCAUGGUAAAUUUUAACAGUCGCUACGAAUCGUCGCCAUUGUCCUUGUCCUCGCACGUUCAGAUGCGAUUUAACUGCUAUGCAAAUCCGCAACAACGUCUUGUUUAUUCCAGAGAUGAGUUAUUCUCUUUUCGUUUCGAAUCUCCGAGAUUCAAACCAUGUCCACGAAUUUUAAAUAAUUUGAAAAUGAACUCAUUGCUGCGGUAUCGUGGAAAACGAGCUGGAAGAUCUAAAGAGUUUCGGUGUGACAAUAGAGCGAUACGAGUUCUCAACCGACCUCGCUAUACGCCGACCUUUCGGCAUGCAAGGGUGCGAAUUCUCAUAUCUCUUACUUUUUGUGAUUCUCCACGGCCUCCCUCAAUCUCUCACUCGAAACUGACUACAGUCAGCUUUGCUCUUUUCAACGCCCAAUCUGUGAGAAACAAAUGGUUACCGAUAAAGGAUUACAUCGUUAGCAACGAUAUUGAUAUUUUUGCUCUCACUGAAACUUGGCUCCAUCCUGAUCGCGAUGAUCAAGUAAUCGGGGAUUUAACUCCUGAUGGAUAUUCGUUUAACCAUCUGCCCAGACAACUCGGUAAUGGUGGCGGUGUGGGUAUUCUUAUCAAGAAUGGACUUCAUGUGAAGGAAUCAACUGGAAGAACUCGUGAUUUUACUUCCUUUGAGUUUUUUGACUUGCUGAUCGCGUCUGCUUCCUCUCGGGAAUUUCGUGUCCUGGUUAUUUAUCGCCCUCCUUCUUGCAAUUGUUCAAUGUUUCUUGAUGAUUUUGGCCGACUAAUGGAGCAAUAUAUCACAGACUCUUCGCAUCUUCUAGUUGCUGGUGAUUUUAAUUAUCGUAUUGAUGAUGCUGCUGACAAAGCCUCAUCUGAUUUUUGCAACCUUCUUGGAUCACUAAAUUUAAAGCAGCAUGUCGAUAAGCCAACGCACAGCGCUGGUCACACUUAGACCUUUUAAUCACGAGAGAUGAGCCUCUAGCCCUUAACAUUUCAGUUUGUCACAGGACGAAAUAUCAAGAAUCCGUAACGGAAACGUGGUAGAAAUAUGUGAAACCGUCGCGGAAACACGACGGU